GCUCUGCUCACACUUUCAGUUUUGGCUGCAGCAUCCAGUACUCAGCUGGCAACUUCUAGAAAGGCAGAGGUUGAAAAUUGUUGUGCCUUCAAAACCAAUUCAACAGGGGAGACGUGAGUGACUAAAGCAUCCUCUGGAAUUUGACUUGAGCAGCAUAGUGACUUAGAAGCCUCCAAUGAUGAUGCUCUUCCUUCUCACCUGCCUACUGGUUGUCUUCCCAGUGCUCUCCAUGAAAAGUCCCAUAUUUGGUCCUGCAGAGGUUGACAAAUUUGAAGGAAGCUCUGCAUCCAUCAAAUGCUUCUACCCAGCCACUUCUGUCAACCAGCAUAGCCGGAAGUACUGGUGUCGGCAGGAAUCCCAGGGUAGCUGCACAACCCUCAUCUCAGAUAGUUACAUAUCUAAGAAUUAUCAAGGCAGAGCAAAACUCACCCACUUCCCAAAGAAUAACACAUUUGUGGUGGACAUUGCCCACCUCACGAAGAAUGAUUCUGGGCACUACAAGUGUGGUUUGGGAAUUAAUAACCGAGGCCUAUCCUUUGACAUAAACCUGCAGGUCAACCAGGAUCCUAUCCUACCAGAUGGUACAAAAAUCUAUAAAACAUACAUGGGUGGAACAGUGGCUGUUGACUGUACUUUCAAGGCUGAGAAUUCUGAAAAGCUGAAGUCUGUAUGCAAAAAAUCAAACCAAGGCUGUGUAUUAGUCAUUAACUCCAGUGGAUAUAUUAACCCCAACUACGAAAACAGAGCACAACUUUUUAUUUAUGAUACCAGUGCAGCAAAGUAUAAAUUUAUCAUCAAAAAACUUCAGCUCACAGAUGCUGGAACAUAUGAAUGCCAGGCUGGAGACUAUUCUACAGAUGAUAAAGACAAUGCUUACCUCCAUGUGUUGAAGCCUGAGCCUGAAUUGGCUUAUGGAGACCUGAGGGGCUCAGUGAUGUUUGAUUGUGCCCUAGACCCCAAGACGGCAAAUGAGGCAAAAUUUUUGUGCCGUAUGAAUAAUGAGAAAUCCUGUGAUGUGGUCAUCAACACCCUGGGAAAAAAGGCUCAGGACUUUGAGGGCAGAAUUUUACUCACUCCCAAGAAUAAUGGCUAUUUCAGUGUACUGAUGACUGGACUGAGGAAAGAGGAUGCAGGUCACUACUUGUGUGGAGCCAGUCCCCAUGGUCAGCUAAAGGAAGACUCACCCACCCAGGCAUGGCAACUCUUCAUCAAUGAAGAGACUGUGAUUCCCCCUACUCCCUCUGUGGUGAAAGGUGUGGAAGGAGGCUCUGUAGCUGUCCUUUGCCCAUACAAUCCUAAGGAAAAAGACAACUUGAAGUUCUGGUGCCGCUGGAAAGAUACCCCAAGUGGCAGCUGCCCACAGUUGGUAAAGAAUGGAGAAAUAUCUCCAGAACAGAUCAAGAACUAUGAGGGCAAGCUUGCAAUGCAUAAAGAACCAGGCAAUGGCACCUAUACAAUCAUGUUUAAUCAACUUACUACUGAAGAUGCUGGCUUCUAUUGGUGUCUGACCAAUGGUGAUAGUCACUGGACAACAAUGGUAGAGCUCAAAGUUGUCAAAGGAGAAAUUGACCUUAAGGUACCCAAAAAUGUCAUUGCUUUGGAAGGAGAGAAUAUCAAGAUACCAUGCCAUGUACCCUGCAAAUUCUAUUCCUAUGAUAAAUACUGGUGCAAGUGGACCAACAAAGGCUGCAGGACCUUUCCAAGCCAAGAUGAAGGCCCCAGCCAGGCCUUCACAGAAUGCAGACAGAAGAGUCAACUUAUCAACUUGGUCCUGAACUCAGUCACCAAGAAAGAUGAGGGCUGGUACUGGUGUGGGGUGAAGAACAGCCUCCGAUAUGGAGAUUCUGUGGCUGUUUAUGUGACAGUCAAUAAGGUGUCCCAAGAUGUCAGCCAAGUGAAUGCUGAUCCCCAAGAGGAAGCAAUAGAGCCAGGAGUUAGGACAAUUGAAAACAAAGCUAUUCAGAACCCCAGUCUUCUUGCAGAGGGGAGAGCGGUAGAAGAAACAAGAAACUCAGCUGACGAUAGCAGAGCAUCCACAGACCCUGAGAGCUCUGUAGGACAAGGAAGGAACUCCAGUGUAGUGGUCUACAUCUUAGUGCCACUGGCCCUAGUGCUGACAUUGGGAGCUGUGGCACUAGGGGUGGCCAGAGCAAGGCACAGAAGGAAUGUGGACCGGAUCUCUAUUAGAAGCUAUAGGACAGACAUCAGCAUGUCAGACUUGGAGAACUCUAAGGAUUUGGGGGCCAUUGACAACAUGGGAGCCUCUCCAAUCAAACAAGAAACUUCCCUUGGAGGGAAAGAUGUCCUCUGUCUUUACAGAAUCCAUGAGCACCACCAGGAAUACUAUGGAGACUGAUGAACCCAAGAAAGUGAAAAGGUCAUCUAAGGAGGAAGCUGACAUGGCCUACACUGCCUUCUUGAUCCAGUCCAACAACAUGGCUGCCAACACCCACGACAGCCCCAGUGAAGCCUAGGAAGAGUGAUGACUGCCUUAUCUCUGUGUCCGUAAAAAUCACCUUCAAAAUCACAUUGAUCCUCAGGGUCUUCACUACCUGUACUCACACCUCACCUAAGCUUUUCCUAUUUGACCACAGAUGGUAUGCUGCUCUCUCCUUGGCAACAUUCAUGCCUGGCCUGACUAGCCUAUAUUUUUCUGUGAAGGUAAAGUGCAGCUCAUUCUACAAAAAGGAACCAAGAUGUAGAAGGAAAAUCAAAACUUUAGAAGUACUCAUGAGAAUGAAGAGAAAACAGAGUGAUUAGAGUAAUAAUUUUGGAAAGAAGGGUCUCACUGCAUUCGUAUAUGAGAUACAAAGAAAUUCUUCCCAUAGUCUUCCAUCUCCAUCCUCCCUCUUCCCUCUCUUCACCCUGAAUUAGAUAUACAUAUUUGAAAAUCUCUAGAAUUCAUACACUUUGCUCAACACCAGAACACAUAUAUUGUUCACCACUGGGUGAAGCAGCUUCUCUUCGCUUUUCUUUUCAAAUAUUAUUGAAUCCUUGGACACUAUUUCUAUCAAUACUAAGACCUAAAACCCUCAUUAGGUAGGCUUGUCUCUGGCCAUAUUAGGGUACGUCAUACUCCAUUUGCAGUCUUACCAUCUUUGAGGUCAUGUGCCAUACUCAGCCAUACAUUUACAUCCAUAUAGAAUCAUAAACACACAUACCAUUUUUUUAAAUUACUACUAGGGUUAUCACUGGGGCUCGGUGUCUGCAUGACAAAUCCACCACUCAUUGCCCCACCCCCUUUUUUCUUUCUUCUUUGAUAGGACAAAGAUAGAUUGAGAGAAGUGAGAGAGAAAUGGACAGAGAGAGACCUGCAGCACUACUUCACUGCUCAUGAAGCUUGCUCCCUGCAGGCAGGGACUGAGGACUUCAACUCAGGUUCUUGUGCAUAGUAAUGUGUGCACUCAACCAAGUGUGCCACUGCCCUGUCCCCUUACUAUUUUAUAAGUAAGAAAGUUGAGGUCCUAAGAGUUUGACCACCAAGUGGACACUAUGGUGUCAAAGUAUAUUUACUGACUUGGGCCUCUUUGCUAGAGAUCCUACCCUCAUGGUGGAAUCAAAGUUGUAAAACAAGAGCAAUAAGGAAGAAGAGAAACAUGGAAAUAGAGACUAGUAUGUCACAAACCCCUUUUCAGGCAAGACAACCCUUACCUUUUCUGUCACUCACAUAGAUAUAAAAGAAUAAAACAAUGGACAAACAUUCAUAGUCCCUGUAGUUGAAGAGUUUCCAGCACAAAUAAUGAUAAGAGAGAGUUUGAAAUUGUCAGAAAAGAGGUGAAAUCCACACAACUAAGGUCUUUCUUUGAGUUUUGUAUUUCAGUCUGCAAUAUAAGCCAAUAUGCUAGCAAAUCAAAGAUGUGAAUUAAUUAAUAAUUAAAGGGCAUGAUUUCUA